AAAAAACGUUGUUUCAAUUCUUUUACUUCUUGUUAAAUAACGCGCAAAAACGUUUACGCGACACAGUCAAUUGCGACAACCAAAACUAGCGAAGAAGACCGAACCGUACGCUGCGAACUCAGCUGACUGAAUGAAAACGCAGUCAGAAGCAACGACCAGAGCCACAAGCAACUAGCGAUAAGCAGCGAGAGAGAGCGGAGCAACAGCAGCAGCUGAGAUUGGCGCUCUUCGUUGGAUACCCAAGCAGCGAACGUAGAGUGGGAGUGUUUAAUCUAAGUCAUCGUCAAUAUGGGUGCCGAUGCAGAAAACGGUAAGAAGAUAUUCGUGCAGAAAUGCGCUCAAUGUCAUACCAUUGAGUCGGGCGGAAAGCACAAGGUGGGCCCCAACUUAGCGGGCAUUGUGGGCCGCAAAUGUGGCACUGCAGCUGGGUAUAAGUACACUGAUGCCAAUGUAAAGAAGGGCGUAACCUGGUCCGAUGCCAAUUUGGACGAAUACUUAAAAGAUCCCAAGAAAUACAUUCCUGGCACAAAGAUGGUCUUCGCUGGUCUCAAAAAGGCUGAGGAUCGUGCCGAUUUGAUUGCCUUCCUAAAGAAGGGCAAAUAAGUGACUGAUGCAGUAAAAUAGCAACGACACAAUCUUGACAGCAACUAUAACAUAAGACACAUAACCAAUAUGGUAUAUAUUAUCGUUUAUCUUUUUUAAAUAUGUUUACAAUAUAUAACAACACCCAGCCCAAUUAAUCAUACACCGUUUACAAGGUAGCAUCCGUGACCUCAACACAAUAAAUACUUUAAAAUCUAA